AUGCACAAGAACGAUUGCUACGCGUUCAUGGAAAGAUUCACAGCAGAAAAAUGUGAGAAACUUUAUUACUGUCUUCCUGAUAUCGAUUUUCCAAAAGGUUUGAGGUUAAUUAGGAAUGAACUUGAUUAUUCCACUUUCAUAUCCAUUGCGUAUGAAUGUGGUGUCGUACUCCCACUGUAUGUAGACUAUUUUGGUACUACUAACAUGCAAGAGUGGUUGGAUGAAGAAAGAGAGGAAGUUGUUGAUACUAAUUAUGAAGAAGUUGUUGAUGAUGUCCACAAUGAUAGUGAAACAAAUGAGACAUGGCAUACAGAUGAUAAUGACAACCCUCAUUUUUUCAAAAAAUAUAAUAAGCCAAAUUAUGAGAUGAGUGACAGUGUAGGUGAAAGUGAAGUUGUUAAUGAUGACAUAGGGGAGAAUGAAGAUGAUGAGGAUGAUGUUGAUAUUGAUUUGCCAAAUAGUUUCAAUGAAGAGCAACCCUGGAAGGAGCAACAACCUGUGUUAGAGAACAAAGAAAAUUGGAAGUGGUUUAUUGAUAAUCUUACAGAACACUUGAACCUUCAACAUCAAGGAUUUAGGGUUGUGCUAAUAUCUGAUCAACACAAGGGUGUGAGACAAACUCAAGAGUCAGUGAACAUGGAAAGGGGUGGGGAAGAUGUUGCAAUGGCUGGUUUCGAUGGGGAAGAUGCUGUAAUGGCUGAUGUUGGUGGUUAA